UAGAAUCUUCCCAACUCGUGGGAGAAAAACUAUACAAUGCCACUGUUGAUGUCAUUCACACAAUUCAGAGUCCUUGUACAGUGCAGAGCUUAGAGAGAGAUUUUAAAGACUACACCAACAAAUAAUAAUGCUACUAUAUGGUAAUGGGAAAUAAUGCUGGUUUGAGAAACGAUGGAACAGGCUGUUCUGGAGCUAAGAAUUUGGAAGACAACCAUGACCAUUUAAUGGCCUCAACACAAGGUUAUGGGAUGGUGCCUAUGCCCAUUGUUCAUUGUCCCCCCCAUAACCACAUAGCCUACCAGCCACCUUUCAUUUUUAAUCCAGAGGUGCUUGUGACUCCCAUGCCAACGCUUCAUCAGUUUAUACAGUCCCAAGUGCAUGCAUUGCCACAAAGCACAAUGGAUAGUAAAGAAGAACUCAUUGGAAAAUUGAUUUUUGUCAAGAUCACAUGGAACUAUGGUGGCAAUUCAGUAGGUCUUGUGGGGUCAUGGAGCAACUGGCAGACUAUGGAGUUCUUGGAACAUGCAGUAAAAAAUGCAACAGUAACCAUGGCGCUCCCAGUUGGAAUCCAUUACUACUGUUUUAUUGUCGAUGGAGUGUUGACAUACGCUUCAAACUUGGAUUGGAUCUGUGAUAAUUAUGGAGAUCACUAUAAUAUCUUAUAUUUACUGGAGGAUGUCCUUCAAGCGCCUGCAAAUGGUUUUGCAAAUCUGUCUGAUUUUGAAUCUCCUCCUUCCCCACCUUCAAGUUAUGACAACAAAUUUUUUACUGACAAAGAUUUUUAUUAUAGAACCAAAGAAGGUAACAUUUGCGAGAUUCAACCACCAGAACUACCCCCACAGCUAGAAGAAGCGAUAUUGGAUAUGCCAUCAUGCUCCUUUGAUGUUUACCAUUCUCUACCAAGGCCUCAAUUUUCACAAGUAAAUCAUCUAUACGGUCACAAAGAAAACGAAGAUCAGUAUGUGACAGUCAGCUCUACAGAGAGGUUUGCUGAUAAGUAUAUUACCACAAUAUUAUACAAGCCCGCCUUUAAAACCAAACCACCAUGAACUUUUCUUAUUUUUCCUUUAUAUAUUUCAAGAUUUAGAUUUAUUUAACAUCAGUGACUUUGGUUAGGAAAAAUUAUUUGGUCCUCCAACUGUUGGACAAAGUUCAAUUUAAUCCUUCAAUUAUUAAUUGUGUUAAUUUAGUUCCUCAACUUGUAAAAUCAAGUCAUUGUCAUCCUUGUGUUUCCCCUCCAUUUUAAUUUCAACAAAAUUAAUAGUUAAAAUUUGUUUGAUUUUGAAUUUGUUCAAUUUCCAUUUUAAUUUCAAUUAACCAUAUCCAUUAAUUUUAUUCUGAUUUAAAUGAGGAUGAGAUGUAAAGAUGAAAUUUAAUUGAUUUUGAAAGUUGAGGGAUGAAAUUAACACAAUUAAUACUUGGCUGGCCAUAUUGAACUUUACCCCAUGGUUAUAAGACUAAAUUAGUAAUUUGGCCUAACUAUUUUCAUUGAUUUAGGAUCAUAGAUUUAGUGGGCUGAGAAAAGAGUUAAGUAAAGAAAUAGGAUCUUUUGUUAUAUAACACAUUGGUGUAAUUGAUAUUCAUUUUUGGACAUAAUUAUAUGUUUUCUAAUUUCAUUUGUGAGCUUCCUAUUUAUGAGGAGACUUCCAAAAAACUUGUAAUAUGACUGCAUUUGCGAGAUUUCACUAGUGAGUAUAACCCAGGUGUAUAGUUUGGAAGUAUCUUCCGAUAGCCCAUUAUGUGGCAA